AUGAACACGUCGCAGUUCAUGGACAAGCAGAUCCUCGGCCUCGCCGCCUCCGCCUCCCCCUCCGGCGGCGGGGGCGGCGGUGGGGGUGUGGAUCUCAGCGAUCUGAUGAUCCCGAUCCCACAGGAGGACGGUGAGGACCGCCUCCGCCGCCGGCGUAGCAGCAGCAGCGCCAACGGGAUCGCCGACGACGUGCUGCCCAGCUACGACUUUCAGCCCAUCCGCACAACUGCCGCCGCCGCCGCCCCCGCGCCACACGCCUCGUGGGGCUCGCUCGACUCCAAGGCACCCUCCGCCUCCGCCUCCGCCUCCGCUUCGUACAACCUCAAGACUGCUGGUAUAUUGGAGCCUCAUGUGCUGAAGAAAGUUAGUCAUGAGGAGGACAGGAGUAACUUUACUGCAGUUACAAUGGCAGAUAUUGAUCGAACCAUGAAGAAGUAUUCUGAUAAUAUUUUGCAUGCACUGGAAGGCGUAAGCUCAAGACUUUCGCAGAUGGAAAGCAGAACACACCAACUUGAAAACUCUGUUGAUGAGUUGAAGUUAACAAUUGGUAACUAUAAUGGCGGCACUGACGGAAAACUCAGGCAUCUUGAGAACAUGCUCAGGGAGGUCCAAGCAGGUGUGCAGAUUUUGCGAGACAAGCAGGAUAUUGUGGAGACACAACUCCACCUUGCAAAGCUCCAGACACCCAAAACUGAUACCCAGUCAUCAGAAAAUAGCGGGUCUGGACAGGCUGCCUCACAGCAGCAGCUGGUGGCUCCCCCGCAAGUAUCUAUUCAGCCACAGCAUCAAGUCCCGACCCCUUCACAACCACCAGCACUUCCCACCCUUCCUGCUCCAAAUGCACCACCUCCACCUCCAACUCUUCAGAGCCAAGCUCCAUCACAGUUUCCGAGCCACUUACAGCAUUCACAGGUACCAUCAGUCCCUUCUGUUGCACCGGUUCCCUCAGUCCCAGCUUUACCAAGGGAUGCUUACUACGCACCAUCUUCUCAGCCGACUGAAACCAUGCAUCAACAGUAUCAAGUACUGCCAGUUCCUCAGCCACAGGCACCCCCAGCGCCACCCCAGCAGUACCAAUCCCCGUCCCAAUUUCCUCAGUAUUCACAGCCACCUCAGGUUUCAAAUGUUAACCCUUCAACUCCCCUUGCACCCCCUGCACCCCAGCAACCAGAGGAAACCAUGCCCUACGCACCACCUCAGAACUACCCACCAAAUGCACGCCCCCCUUCACCUUACAUGCAACCGCCUAGCGGACCUGCUCCUCCUUACUAUGGACAACAAAGCCCUAGCAUGUAUGAACCUCCUGCAGGCCGGCCUAACUCUGGUCCGCCAUCAUCCUAUGGUUCUGGUGUGUACGGGCAACAGGGUGGAAGCGGUUUCUCUGAAUCGUACGGCUACACUGGGUCUCCUUCCCACCACGGCAACGCUGGAAUGAAGCCGUCCUCACCUUUUGCUCCAUCCUCGGGGGGAAGUGGCAGCUAUGGCAGCGGUAGGCUCCCCACGGCUCAGAUACUGCCGCAGGCAGCGCCGAUCAGCUCCUCCAGUAACAGCGGCUCUUCAGGCAACAGGGUACCGCUCGACGACGUAGUGGAGAAGGUCGCGACAAUGGGAUUCUCAAGGGAGCAGGUGAGGGCGACUGUGCGGAGGCUGACCGAGAAUGGGCAGAAUGUGGACCUGAACGUGGUGCUUGACAAGCUGAUGAACGGGCGAUAAGUGGAGAUGUGCGUCUCAGCGUCUGGGCGAUAUUCUCACUCCCUGCAGUAUGUGUAUAGUACCGAAAGUGUCAUCUGAACCGUUUCUUUUCCUGUCAGCGGCCCUGUAAUUCUGAUUGCUGAUCGUCGUGGUUGCUGCUGGAGUUUGCGUCCUCGCCUCAGCCCUCGGUUGCUCUAUCUGAAAUGGAAACAGCUACAGGUGUCAGGUGUGAGCCUAUCUACCAGGCAGUGAAGGAUAGUAUCACAAUCUGAAUACGGUGCUCAUUUUCCGUAUAUGUGGUGGUGAUAUUUUAAGAACAUAUACCGUGGUUUCUUGUGACCUGUUAAUAAACAGUUUUUUACUGCGUUCUCAAGCUCUGCUAAUAACUUAA